GGUUAUCUUUUUUUUUUUUUGUUAUGCUAGAGAUUGAUGGGGGUGGGGAGAGAACUAGAGAACUGGGAAGGGAAAAAGGGGGAAGUUAAAACCUUCCUUUCCUUCCUGCCUCCCUCAGAAAACCCAAUAUGGCAUCUUCCAUGAGGAGCUUGUUUUCUGACCACAGCAGAUAUGUUGAAUCUUUUCGGAGGUUUCUCAACAAUUCCACCGAACACCAAUGCAUGCAGGAAUUUAUGGACACGAAGCUGCCAGGCAUUAUAGCAAGGAUUGGAGACACAAAAUCAGGAAUUAAAAUUCUCAGCAUAGGUGGAGGUGCAGGUGAAAUUGACCUUCAAAUUCUCUCCAAAGUUCAGGCUCAAUAUCCAGGAAUUCAUAUCAGCAAUGAAGUUGUUGAACCAAGUGCUGAACAAAUUGCCAAGUACAAAGAACUUGUAGCCAAGACAUCAAACCUUGAGAACAUAAACUUUGCUUGGUAUAAGGAGACAUCAUCUGAAUAUCAAAAUAGAAUGAUGGAGGAAAAAGAGCUUCAAAAAUGGAACUUUAUUCAUAUGAUCCAGAUGCUGUAUUAUGUAAAAGACAUCCCGGCUACCCUGAAAUUCUUCCAUAGUCUCUUAGCUACUAAUGCCAUGAUCCUAAUUAUUGUGGUAUCAGGAACCAGUGGCUGGGACAAGCUAUGGAAAAAAUAUGAAUCCCGCUUACCUAGGGAUGACCUCUGCCAGUAUGUAACAUCACUGGACCUCACUCAGAUGCUGGACAACUUGAAGAUUAAGUAUAAGUGUUAUGAUCUUCUGUCCACCAUGGACAUAUCAGACUGCUUUAUUGAUGGUAAUGAAAAUGGAGAGUUGCUUUUGGAUUUUUUGACAGAAACCUGCAACUUUAACAAAACAGCACCUUCUGCUCUGAAAGCAGAAAUUAUGAAAGAUCUACAAGAGCCUGAAUUCAGUGUGAAGAAUCAGGGAAAGAUUUUCUUUAACAAUAAUCUGAGCGUCAUAGUGAUUGAGGCAUAAAUAUUAAUCAGAAGAGUAUAUUCAAAAGUUAUA